AUGGGACUGUCCGGGGUGGUGGAACCUAUAAAGGGCAAGCCCGCUGUUUUUGUUAAAGAUGGGAGAUCUCGGGUGAUGGAGGAGGCCAUUUGGGUGUUGCCCAGCACCACCCAAGGAGUGUCAAACGAGCAGGCUGCCCAGUCAGGCGAGGGGCGAGCAACCCAGGUAGCCUAUAAUGGGCGAGCAGCUCCCAUAUCUACGAUGGGCAAGCGGGCCCUNAAGCUGCCCAGUCAGGCAAGGGGCGAGCAACCCCUGUGGCGAGUAGCCCCUGAGUUUCAAGAUGGGCAAGCAGCCCACGAGGUUCGCGAUGGGCGAACUACUCAUGAGGUUGGCGAGCAGAUUAGGCGCGGUGAGGAAGCGUUGCUAGGCCUUAGGUGUGUAGCCUGCUGA